AUGACUUCUCAUCAGCCCAGGCCCUUUGUCAUGGCACACACAUCCAACCAGUGGAGCUCUGGAAUCUGUGACUGCUGUCAAGAUGUACCAGAGUGUUGCUUCUCGUUUUGGUGCUUUCCCUGUUUUGCCUGUGCGACGGCUCGUAAGCAUGGCGAGUGUCUGUGUCUGCCUCUGCUCGACGGAUUUGGAUGCAUUCCUCCAAUAACAAUGGCCAUGAGGGUAUCAGUGCGCACUCGCUAUGGAAUCCAGGGUACUAUCUGUAAGGAUUGCGUUUAUUCCACCUUCUGUGGCGUCUGCGCCUGGUGUCAAAUGUCCCGAGAAAUGAAUGUCCGUGAAAACAACGUCUCUCUUGUCCACAAUCGAGCAAAAUAAAGGCAACUGGGAAACCAACAACGUCUUUGCUGUUCCACAGUAUACUGCACUAAUAACAAAGUGUGUCACCUGAAAGGAAUCUCAUUGUUCUCAGUGACAUUAGAUAUGCACCAUUGUAUUUGUUCCAUUUAAUAAAAACAGUAUGAUGUUUGU